AUGUCUAUGUUUAGAACGAUUCAAAAGCAACCUCGUGUAGUAACUUUGUUUACCCAUAAUCUAGAGUCAUCGCAUGCACGGAGUCUACUUACCGUUUUGCGAUCCGAUCAAAGUAAUAAAUUUGAUAUAGAGAUAUGUCAGAACUUUCCUACUAAAGAUCAGUUAGAGUACCUUUCCCAAAUUGAUAAGAUAAAUUUAAUGAAGCAGAUUCCAAGAGCCGAGACUCUUUUGCGUAAGCCCGCUGAAAACCCGAUAUUUGGCUCUCCGCUUCAAAAAUGUGUGAAUAAAGAGGGAUACUGGAAUAAAAGUUCGAGUAUGUGGGUUGAUUGGGAAAAAGCAGUACUCGGUACCACUGCGGAAUCUUUAAAAUCUAAAUUGAUGCAAAAAUUGAAUUGA